AUGGCCAAAAGCGUUCGUUCCAGCACUCGGAAGCGCAAUAGCGCAAAACUUCGAAGCACAAUCUUCGGCCCUGCCGCCGACGCGAGAACAGCAAGAUUGUCGGCGAAGUUACAAGAAUUGGCUGCAAAACCCCUCCCAGUCGAUCCUUCUAGUAUUUCUUCUGGCGAUAAGAUUCAAGAAGAUGAGGGACUACCAGAAGAUGUGGGCUCUAAAAUGGCUAUUGACGAUGAAGCAAACGACAAACCAAAAUCCUCAAAGAAACACUUGAAUCGUGUGAAAAAACACACCAAGAAACCCCGCAAUUCAAUCGCGUUUUCCAAGCCACGACGAAAUAAAAAGAACUAG